AUGUCCGACUUCAACGAGGCGAAAACACUCUUGAACCUUGAGAACGUACACACGUGGGCGCGCACAAAAUUUCCAGAAGUCUUCUCUGCGCUGCCGAAAGCUUCGAGGGUCACGUUUCUGGACAUCGAAGAAACAAGCUAUAACAGAUCUGUGCAAAGGUCACUGGGGCGUUCGACACAUAGCAAGCUCCUUAUUAUAGGGGAGUACGCUCCAGGAUCUGAAGACCCGGACUCUGGAGUUGGUGCCCAUGUGCACUCAGACAACGCUGAAGUAAGCUUCUACCGCAUCGACGAACCUGCUGGCGGCAAGAUGGAGCUGCACCCUGUGAAAUCUACGAGUACAGUCGCCUUCUUCGCGCCAUUCUGUGAUGUUGGGGACGAUAUGGGAGGCUCAAAGGCAAUCUGUCGCGUGUCUGCUAUCAUACAAUACUACUUUUUGGCCGCUGGUUAUGUAAGCCAUUUAGAAAGGCACAAGCAGGCCCCGCGCAUGUUCACGAAAAACUUUGAAGAAGCUUGCCAUUGGAUCAAGAACGGCGGAGAACGACCGACUCCAGUCCCGUCAUCCUCCUCGAGGGCCGCUACUGUACGGCGUGAGAGCAGAGAAAGUAUUGAGACAGUAGCACAUGCAGUCACAACCACACCUCGGUCGGUGACCGUCACAGAAGUGAGAGCGUUUGUCCCAUUGAAGCGAGAAAGAAAGGGCGACAUAACAGAUCAACUACCCAAACCAAAGCGACAAGCACGGGCUCGAAAUUCUACGAAGGCGAGUGAAAGCACUCCAACCCAAGGAAUUCUCAGCAGCGUCGAAGCCAGCGAGGUUGGCGUCGCACAACUCAGAGAUGAGAUAGCCUCGCUGAUAUCUGAAAAGGCUGAUCUACAAUCGCAUCUCAAACAUGAAGGACAUGCCUACCGUGGCCUCGAGCAAGAACUGGAACAGGCCCAGGAAGCAGCCGCCGAGGCGCAGGCCCGAGCAACUGAGGCGGAAGCUCUUGCAAGAGAAUGUCAGAAAGAAGCCAAGAAGUGGAAAACAAAAGCGACACGAGCAGAGAAGGAGGCGGCGACCGCGAAGAACGAGCUCGAAGUGCUUCGGAGUGGUCUGACUAACGAACUCGGUGAGGUAUUAAGGAGCUAUGGGUUGUAA